CGUUGUCACUGCUUCAUUGUUUGUUAUCCACGCAUAAUUCCAAUGUUAGAUUUAGGGAAGUGUUGUCAAAAUAGCUGUUCGUCAUGCUCUAAAAGAAGCUUUAAGGAAUACAUCUCCUAUGAUGCAUUUCUAGGCAUAGGUUAACGUUAACCAGAGUCAACGAUCAAACAACCAUGCCCUUAAAGUAAUCAAUCAUAAUUAAAACCGUCGAUUUAAAAAACAGUUAUGUUACUUUUUUCGUGCAAUCUGAUCAUUACUGUGAUAUAGGAAAAGUGCUGAACGUGUCCAACAAAAGCCAAGAAUGCGGGUGGAACUACAGGGAGUGUAUGAGGGGAUGUUUCCACUUGACUCAUCACAUGUGGUUGCUUGUAACGUUACUCCACGAAAGACGGAGUCCACUUGAGCACCAGCUAGCUAGCUUAAGGAGAUUCCUGCACUUCCUGGCUUUUAUGGAAACAUGCUAUGGAUUGCUCAACCUAACAUCAACUAUUUGGUUGGAUGGUCUCAAAACCAGACUUGUGAAACUGCCAGGUGCUUCAUUUCCCAGACCCUCGUACCAAAAUGAUGAAGUUGUGUCUUCAAAGGGCUCUUCCGAGCUCUGUCUUACUAAGAGCUAAAGUUGCAUCUGAAUUCGGCAAGCCACCGUUUUUGGCAUCGCACUCUCAAAGGUGUUUUCUUGGAACUCACAAACGUAAAGACAAGCUCGAGCCCUUCAACUCCCCUGAAGGAGCUAGAGACUUCAUCUACAGCCUUCAACCACAGGAACGAACGUGUUUACUGAAGGAACUACAGAGCUUUGAAUCCAUAGCUAUCGCCCAAGAGAAACUGGAACCAUCGCCACCCAGCCCCGCUGCUUUGAAAUAUUUGCUCCUUCACAGUGCGAUUCCCUUCAUUGGGUUUGGUUUCCUGGACAACGCCAUCAUGAUUGCAGCAGGAACUCAAAUUGAAUUGUCCCUUGGAGUGAUGUUCGGAAUAUCCACCAUGGCAGCUGCUGCUAUGGGAAACCUGGUGUCAGACCUGGCAGGGCUUGGUCUCGCAGGCUACGUAGAGGCCCUGGCUGUCAGGCUGGGUAUGAAGGUCCCUGAGCUGACCCCCAAACAGGCAGACAUGUGGCAGACCAGAGUCAGUUCACACCUGGGGAAGGCCAUUGGUGUGACUAUCGGUUGCAUCCUGGGGAUGUUCCCACUCCUUUUCCUGGAGGAUGAGAAGGAGACCAAGGAGAUCAAGGAGAUCCAGGCCCCAUCUAGUGCAGAAUAGCCUCGCAGCUCAGACGCACAGUCCUGGGCAAACCUCCAACAAGUCUCCUCUGGAAAAACUCCAGAGCAGAUCGGUGCAGUCCGCUACCUUCCCUCUCCUACCGCAUGCAACCAAAAGGGCACUAACCCCGUUGUGCAUGAUAGUGCUGUACAUUGUUGGCCUUGUUUACCCACACCAGUGCAUCUACAAGCCCCUCUGUGUGUGCUGGUUUGCGAACAGUACGCCAGACGGAACAAUACAUCUGAGUACAGAUUCAUGCUAAUUUAUGAAGGCUGUGAAGAUUGUAGAAGUUUUGGGAAGAAUCUUAGGCCUUCCGUCAGUCAUCAUUUGGCGUGCAUAUUUGUAUUGUUUGAGAGCAUUAUCAGUAACUCUAGCCUUAUUCUCAUUUUUACAAUGUAAUGGUUUGUGUGCAAUGUGUGUGUGCAAUGUGUGUGUGCGUGUGUGUGUAGUCCUAUAGUUGCACUUGAGGUGACAACAUUUCCCAGGUUUUCCUUUUAUAUAUAUAUUUAGUGUACAUUAAAAGAAGGCUAUAGCAGCCUGUAAUAGGCUGUGCUAUGCAUUACAUUAGGGCCUAGAGUUUGUUCUAGGGAGCCCAAAAGUCAAUUGCUCAAGCCAAUGAGCCAUACAGAAUAAAGUCCAUAUACCUAAAGGACAAACAAUAAGAAAACAAUAACCUCAUACUAAAUGCUAAUUAAAAGGCUAACAUUUGUUAAGGGGAGAACUGAUAAAUAGUCGUCAUACCAUUCAGUUUACAAAAGUUUUAAGUUUCGGAGCAAGUACUAUACAGAUAUGUGCAUCAGCAUGCAGCUAUUGAUGGCACCAGUCAGUGGUAUGUAUGUAAGGAAAUAAUUAUUUUUACAGAUGAAGUUUGGUGCUCCUGGAUGUUGAAAUGAACUAUUAGGCCGUUACCUCAUUGUGUACAUUUUUCAUCAUUCGUGUUUGAAAGCAGUACUGCUGGCACUGAAAUUACUUUUCUGUUUUAAAAAAGCAUUUUCUUUACGUGGAUUUAUCGCAGAAUAUCACAAUAGAAUAAGCAUUCUUUAACGUUAACUAUACUGCCCUUGAACAAGCUCAUUAGCAGAGUUUCGUACCUUAUUUUAUGGAAUGAUAAUUUAUACUAAUGUUCACUUUAAUGACUAGAUCAGUACUACUACCUUUUCCCCCGCAAUAUGUUGUCCUUACAUCUCUGAUCAGUUGUAACACAAUACAUAAUGCCUUGAAGAGGGGGAUCUCACCUUCUUAAGAAUAGCUACCUAAUUAUUAUUAUUUGUAUUAAAUUAUUAAUAAUAUAAAUACAAAUAUAAUAACCUAAUCACAUGAUGGGUGCUGGAAUGAAAUAUGGCUAUCUUUGUGUUCUCCCAAUGUUAGUGCUGUGUUCUCUACAUGUUAGAUUAAUCAAUGUUUUAUUUUUGUUUUUUUAAAGUUAUGCACCAUGAUUUAGUACAGUGGUUGCACAUUGUGUAUGGUAUUGAAUGCUAUUCAAAAACAGAUUUAUGCUGUUUACACUCGAAAUGUCAUAUCAUGUGGUCAGACUUCAUAAAGCUAUUCAAACAUUCAUAAAGCUAUUCAAAACAAGGUUGACACUAAAAAAACCUUUUGAUUGGACAACUUCCCUAAACAAUCAACAGUACUGGAUAAGUCCCAAGCAACAGUGUCGUUGUGUAUUAAGUAUGAAUGAUGUUCAGCUGAAUUUGCUACUGUCUUGUUAUGGGCUUUUUAGGGACUUGUUUUUGUGGUUUCUUGUAAGAAAAAAGUUAAAUUUUUCAAGGCUUGGUUAUGUUCGGAGCAAGAACUACUAUUAAUGUAAAUAAUUAUUGGUUUUACUUGACAUGAAGCUCACUCCAGGAGGAAAAAAGUUGGACAGAGCAUUAAAAGGUAUAUUGCAAAAGUCUUUGUGUCACCAAUAUAUCUCGGGCAAGAUAAAAUGAGUGAUAACUAAAUUUGUUUGAGUUUUUUUUUUUUUUUUUUAAAUAGGACCUUCAUUUUAAUGUCCUUUUCUCGUGACCUUUUCUGACAGCUCAUUAAAAAGCACGGCGCAGAGUGGUUGUCAAAUGAAGUUUUCAGAAUCAGAUAAUAAAUGAAAAAUAAAUUGUUUGUCAAUUCA